CAACCAAGGAAACCCACAUUCUCACGAAGAGCGAGCGCCGUGACAGCACAGACAUCAUUAUUCCAUCUGCGCUAGCCCAGGAAACAAUGUCGCCUGUGAGUACUGCCUUAGGAGUAGGUCUUUGCAUCAUAGUGGCGGUCACAUUCGUCACUGGAUGCGAUGACAUGGGCUUCUACAGAGAUGCUCGUCGAUGCAAGCAGAAGCUCGAUGAGAACUUAAAGCAAUCGGAGCACACACUAAGUUGCUGUCCCUACUACAGGCUACAGCAGUGCCUUCACAUGGCGUCGCGGUACAGUGACUGCCCUCAAACAUUCGCAAUGAGCCAGAUGACGAAAUACAGAGAAGAAACUGGCUUGCAAAGACAUCACUGCAACGGCGGCAGAGAGCUUUGUGCAAAUUAAUAAAUACCCUGCCAGGGUUACGCACACUACAG